UAGCAGCAGUCUGGCUAUUUAACCGCGGGGUGUGUGGAUUCAUUCCGCUUUGAAACUGGCAACGCAGCGCACCGGAUCUCCAGUAAUGCGAUUCCAAAGCACCUUUCUAAACUCCAGAAGAGCGCUGCUUGAUCCGGAGGAACUUCUCCAACUUCGCUCCUCAUCUCCACUCCUCACUUGAUGACAAUUGCUGCGAGAUACGAUCUCUCCCCUGUUUGAUUUUUGUCUUUAUUUUUUGGAAAGUUUUCAUUUUUUAUUUUAUUUUUUUUAAUUUCUUUUUUUAUGCCAAAGUAGAGAUGAAUAACACCGGGUUCAACCAGACUGAGGGCGGGCUGUUCAACAAGACAGAGGAGUUUUUCUGCUGCAACUUCUCCUCCGUGGUGACCGACAACGGCUUUGUGGCCGCGGCUCCGGACGAGAGGAGCCUCUUCAUCAUGCGGGUGGUCCAGAUAGCCGUCAUGUGCGUCCUCUCCCUCACCGUGGUGUUUGGCAUAUUCUUCCUGGGCUGCAACCUCCUCAUAAAGUCCGAGGGGAUGAUAAACUUUCUGGUGACGGACAGGAGACCCUCCAAAGAAGCGGAGGCGGUGAUUGUUGGAGCCUUCUGAUGGACGAGGAGGACGCUGGCAGGACGUUGGUGCUGGAAUCAGAUGGAGAGGGUGCGACGAUCCACAGCCCCGAAAACAAGGCCCUGUUUUUUUUUUUUUAUGUUUUGUACAGUUUAUAAAAACCUGAAAGAAGUGCUCUGUAUGUAUAAGGGCACACUGACGGGGACUGAGGCGCACAGCUGCUCACCUUUAUUCAUGUGGCCUUUUUAAUGCCAACAGUCUCAGAGAGGUGAAGUGCGCUCAGAUCCUCUUUAGUUAAGUGUCCAAUCACGCACUGAUCUCAUUUAAUAGUUGUAAAACAUCAGUCUGACGCAAAGGUUUCGCAUUUGUUGCUUUACAAACGCAAGGGGGAAUUAAAUGUUGAACGUUUUUUGCUCUGUUUGGCAUACAAUGCGGCAAGACUCUGGACAAAAAUAUGUACCAAUUCACAGAAAUGAUGAAAGGCUGAAUAAAUUCCUUCUGUAAUUAAAAACUCUUUYCCUCUUAAUUGA